AUGUAUUCGACUUGGACUGUUCCUCAAUUAAAAGCAGAAUUGAAGACCAAGGGCGGUACUUUAAAAGGCAGAAAGGCAAAUCUUGUCACCAGGCUCGAAUGUUUCGACCGAAAUUUCAAUUUUGGUAAACAGCAAGUUCAUGAACCGGAUGAUGUAAAAAUGGAUUUACCAUCCAUUGAUGUAUAUCGGGACAUCAAUGCAAGCACAAGCCUUCCUCCCGUGACGAAACAACAUAUUCAAUUAUAUUACAAUGAAUUCCAUAAAAAGCAAGUUGACGGGCUGCAAUUGUAUGAAGCAAGAUUUUUAGUAGUUGUUAGAGCAGCUACAGUAGGUGAAUAUACCUUUGUUAAAGGCCUAACUCGUGCUUCAAUAUGA